UGCAAACAAUCCGUCGAUAUACAUGGCUAUGCAUUUGAACCAAUCCACAAUGGCAUGCUCUAAAAGUUUAAAACCGACAUUCCCUGCAGGUUUUUCUCUUUGGCGCGAACAGCCAACGAUCAUCCCUUUGCUCCGCUGGUUGUCUCUUUUAAUUUCCACUUCUCCAUCUCUGCAUUCUCGGAAGAGUUUCAAUGGAAUUAUUAGCAACCGAAGAUUUCAAGUGUCAGAAGCCAUUUCAACUUUCUGUUUGCCAUCCUGUUGUCAUGUUUUGAUUUAGCUUUUUCGAUAUUUCAUACAGUUUCAGGAAUGCAAUCCAUAUGAUGUUUUAAUGUGUCCACAUGUCAACUAAAGGAAAUAUGAUAUGUUAUCCUGUAUGGGCUGAUUCUGUGAUCAACCUUUUAUUCAUGCUCAAUGUAGUUUGGUUUCCACAAUGUUCAAGUCACAGUAUAUUGGAGGGCGGAAGGAGAAGUUUGUAAGACUGGAUGACAUUGACUCUAGAACAUCAUCAUUCACAUCCAAUAUGGCUGCUGGGAAGAAGAAUUGUGGUUUUAGUUUUGACGGAAUGACUUCUGGUGGACAAUCUCACAACCCUUCUUCAAUGUCAGUUAGACAAGGGGUUAUGAGAGGGUCUGAGGGACUAAUGACGUUUGGCAGAUCAAUAAAAUCUGGAGUUGUACGAGCAGUGUUCCCAGAAGAUCUCGGAGUCUCUGAGAAAAGGAUAUUUGAUCCUCAGGAUGAGACUCUCAUACUUUUGAAUAGGCUAUUUGUUAUUUCGUGUAUUUUUUCUGUAUCAGCUGAUCCUCUAUUCCUCUAUCUUCCUGUUUUCAACAGUGAAGCCAGCUGUCUUCAUUUAGAUACAAGUUUGGCAUACACGAUAACUACCUUGAGGACGAUCAUUGAUUCCUUUUAUCUCAUUCGAGUGGUACUCCAAUUCCGCACGGCCUACAUUGCUCCUUCAUCUCGGGUUUUCGGACGAGGUGAACUUGUGAUUGAUCCCAAGCAGAUAGCACACAGAUAUCUACGUCGUUAUUUUGUGGUAGAUCUUCUUUCUAUUCUCCCCCUGCCUCAGUCUUUCCAUCUGCAGAUUGUGGUUUGGAGAUUCCUUCAUGGAUCCAAAGGCUCAGAUGUAUUAGGUACAAAGAGAGCUUUAGUUUUCAUCGUCAUUUUUCAACAGAUUCCUAGGUUUUUGCGGUUUGUUCCUCUAAAUUCAGACUUAAAGAAGACUUCUGGAGUCUUUGCUGAAACAGCGUGGCUUGGUGCUGCAUAUUAUAUGUUGUGGUUUAUGCUAGCUAGUCAUAUAUUUGGAGCCUAUUGGUACCUAUUAGCUGUGGAACGUAAAAAUGCAUGCUGGGAAAAGGCAUGUUGGGAGGAUGCAAAUUGUGUUGCAAAUUACUCUUUACUGUACUGUGCUCAAGAUGGAGAGAGCAGGGCAAAUAUAACAAAUUGGAGAGAUAUUAGUCAACAAGUUCUCAACACAAAGUGUGCUGCUGAUGAGAACUCCACGUUUAAAUAUGGUAUCUAUGCGCAAGCUGUCUCAUCUGGUAUUCUUGACUCUGAAGAUUUCAUCUCCAAAUACUGUUAUUGCUUGUGGUGGGGCCUGCAAAACCUGAGUACUCUUGGCCAGGGUCUUGAAACAAGUACCUAUCCUCUGGAGGUUCUCUUUUCGAUAACAUUGGGAAUUCUUGGGCUCCUACUCUUUGCUCUUCUCAUUGGAAACAUGCAGACAUAUCUUCAAUCUAUAACGGUUAGGCUUGAAGAGAUGAGGAUAAAAAGACGUGAUUCAGAGCAGUGGAUGCAUCAUAGGGUGUUACCAUCAGAUCUCAGGGAAAGAGUAAGAUCUUAUGAUCAGUACAGAUGGUUGGAAACAAGAGGAGUAGAUGAGGAGAGUUUGGUGCAGAACCUGCCAGCAGACCUCAGAAGGGAUAUCAAGCGCCAUCUGUGUUUGAAUUUGGUUAGGAGGGUCCCUCUUUUUGCUAACAUGGACGAGAGACUGCUUGACGCCUUAUGUGAGCGACUCAAACCGUGCUUGUUCACGGAGAAGACAUACAUCGUACGAGAGGGUGAUCCGGUGGAUGAGAUGCUUUUUAUCAUCCGCGGUCGGUUGGAGAGCGUGACGACGGAUGGCGGGAGAAGCGGUUUCUUCAACCGUGGGAUCCUAAAAGAGAGCGAGUUCUGCGGGGAGGAGCUGCUGACUUGGGCCCUGGAUCCGAAAGCGGGUGCCAACCUGCCCCCGUCAACUCGCACCGUCACGGCAUUGACAGAGGUGGAGGCGUUUGCAUUGAGCGCAGAUGAAGUCAAGUUCAUAUCAUCCCAGUUCAGGCGCAUCCAUAGCCGGCAGGUGCAACACACUUUCCGCUUCUACUCUCAGCAGUGGAGGACAUGGGCUGCAAUGUUCAUCCAGGCCGCAUGGCGGCGUCACGUCCGCAGGAAAAACACUGAUUUGCGCCAGAGCGAGUCCGACAACAACUAUGAUGAUGAUGAUGAUGAUGAUGAGACUUGUCUUAUUUCAUCCGUCCCUAAUAGCAGCAUGGGUGCAACCAUGUUUGCGUCUCGUUUUGCUGCCAAUGCGUUGUAUAAGGUGCGAAAAUCUAAAUCUAAUAACACCAUCAUCAACCCACCGAAGCCCCCUGAGCCUGACUUUGAAACUGAUGUGUAAUUUAUUCAAGGAAAGUUAACAAUGAACAAUAAUUUUUGUAUGUAGUAUAGUAGUAGGUAUUACAAAACGAUCAUAUAAGACUGACUACCUUAAGUUCGUGGACAGAUCUAGAAAUUUUCUAUACUUCUAUAGUUACGUUGAUCAGUUGAUGGUGAAAGUAACUCCCAGUUGUCACCUAAUUGUCAUAAAACAAAGUUGGGGGUGCAAAUACAAAUUUUUAUUACCU